UUAAAGUGCUGAUAUAAUAGAAUUCGUAAAAAUUAUCUACGUAAUAAAGUUUCAUCGAUCGAUUUAUUUACAAUCUGAAAAUAAUAAAUUAAUGUGUAUAUCUAUAUGCUAAAUGACAUUUUACCUGCAUGUUGAAAUAAUUGGAGUUAAUUUGAAAAUGCUAGUUCGCUCUAAAACAAAACUUUCGUAAUAUUUUGUAGAUCAAUAAAUUUUAAAAAGAAAGACAACAGAGAAUUAUUCAAAUUUGAAGAAGACAAAUAAGGAACUGCAUCAACUAAUAAAAUGGCUGAACCACAACAGCAAAAUAUAACAGACGGGAUUAAUCCUGAAAAUAAUCAUGCAGCUGGCGAUCCAAUAGUAAAUAAUCGACCUAGAAAUAACAAUACCAAUAAUAAUAAUAAUAAUGCAAAUCAGCAACAACAACCUAAUCAGCUUGUUAAUUUAAGAGAUCGAUUGUUUCAUGCAUUGUUUUUUAAAACAGCAUUAUGGUAUAGUCAAGCAGUGCCACCAUCUAUAAGAAGAAUCAUUGAGAUGAUGAUGCUGUUGAAAGCGUUAUCUGCAUUUUUUAUUCUUGUCUAUAUACAUAUAAGCUAUUCACAGACACCAGCAACAUGUCUAUCGCAUUUAAAGACAGAAGGUGGAUGGCCCCGAGAUGGCAUAUUAAGGGUAGAAAUUUUAAGACCGGGAGAAAAAUUGACACCUAUAAAAGACGGUGCCGAUGACCUAUCUGAAGAAUUAACAAUGCCUCGAAGUAAUCAUAAAGAAGGUCUAAUAAGCAUAGAUCCUUCAACAACACUCCCGCAUGAAGAAAAUAACGAGGCAAAAAUUAAUUCUAAUCAAAUUGAGUCUACAUCAAUGAUAGAAAACGCUAAUGCAAGCAUACUGGAUAGCUUAGAAAUCACCGAAAGACUUUCAAAUAAUGAAUCGCGUGAUAUAGAAAUAUCGAUAUCCGAUAUUGUAGUGUCAACAACUAAAUCCGUUCUUAAUUCAGAAACAAUUGAAAUGACUGAUUCAGAAUUGAUUUUUGAAGAAAAGUACCUAAAUGAGUCUAUUGCAAAAAUUAACGACCAACAAUUUGAAGAAAUCCUCAAAACAGAUGUUCCUGAAGUGGAGAAACUUAUGAACGCAGUUAUGCCUGAUGACCAAUAUGUCGUCGAAUAUUCAUUAGAAUAUGGAUUUUUAAGGCUUUCGGCAGCGACGAGACAAAGAUUAGGCAUUCCAAUCAAAAUAGUUCGUCUAGAUCCGGAAACUGAUAAAUGUUUUGGAGACUCUUUUAGUCGAUUUAUUCUGCAAGAAUUUCUUGGAUAUGAUGACCUCUUGAUGGCAAGUGUCAAAGUUCUAGCAGAAGAGCAGGACAACAAAGGAUAUUUGCGAAAUGUCAUUACUGGUGAACAUUAUCGGUUUGUGAGCAUGUGGUGGAUGCAACGUGGGAGUUAUCUUGCAUCCUUUUUCAUUAUGAUUAUUUUUACAAUAUCAAUAUCAAUGCUCCUGAGAUACUCACAUCAUCAGAUUUUCGUCUUUAUAGUUGAUCUACUACAAAUGUUGGAGUUUAAUGUGGCUGUGAGAUUUCCGAUUGCGCCUUUAUUGACUGUUAUUCUUGCACUUGUCGGAAUGGAAGCUAUUAUGUCAGAAUUCUUCAAUGAUACAACAACAGCAUUUUAUAUAAUCCUAACAGUAUGGUUUGCGGAUCAGUACGAUGCAAUAUGCUGCCACACAACACUUACAAAACGUCAUUGGCUUAGAUUCUUCUACUUAUAUCAUUUCUCGUUUUACGCAUAUCACUACCGUUUUAAUGGACAAUAUGGAUCUUUGGCUUUGUUCACUUCCUGGCUAUUCAUACAGCAUUCAAUGGUUUACUUUUUUCAUCAUUAUGAGCUUCCAGUUAUCGUUCAACAAGCACAACUCCAGCAAAUGUUUAUUCGUUCAGCACGAAAUAAUAACAACAACAACGGAAAUAAUGCCAAUAACAACAAUAAUGGCCAAAUGGAUGGACAGCAAGCAAGUAAUAGCAAUAAUGAUGGAAGUGGCAUCAAUCAGCAAAUGAAUCGCGAAAAUCAACAGCAACAAGGAACCGCUUCAAAUAAUCGAAUGCAAGCAGACCAAGCUGAACAACAACAACAGCAACAACCCAACAUUGUAAACAACAAUAACAUGUUUGUUAUUCGCGGUGCUUAUCGGCUUCGCGUCAAUCAUAUAGUUGAACGUUUACGUAACAAUUUCUAUAAUAAUGUAUUUGGUGUGGGUUAUAUCGCUGAUAAUAAUAAUAAUAAUGCAGCCGCUGUUGCCGUAAAUAAUUUGCGAAAUCAGCCAGGCUUCAAUAACUUGACGCGAAGCUUGCGGCUACUGAAUAUGAUAUUUCCAAAUCGUCCCAUCUUAAAUGUACGCAUCAUUAACGUACGAUCGGCACCAAUUGCAACUGUUGCUGAUAUUAUACGAAAUGUUGAAAACACCAACAGUAACCAAAUGCCAACAGUAAAUCCCCAAACAUCAUCAGAGACUCAAAAUACGGAAAAUUCACCUGAAGUUGUUAGAAUAGAGAAUGCAGAUGAAAAUUCGACACAAAAUAAUGAGCAAGUAUCAUCAUCGUCGAAUGAAAAUGUUUCGGAUGUUAGAAAUGUGGAAGUGACUGAUUCCAUUAAAAAUGUAAAACAUAGUGAUACUUUAAGUUUAAAUAAUAGUCCCGAUAUGAAUAAUGUGAUGAGUUCAAGUGAACAUGAAAAUCCAACAACCAGUUUUUGUGAUCAAAGUACUGGCACCAAAAGUGAUGUGACGACAUUAAAUGAGCAAUGUUGAGGAUAUUUUUAUUUUGCCUUCUUAAAAA